GUCUCGUUUCGUGUUUUGUUUCUUCUUCUUUUUUUUUUUUUUUUUCUCUUCCAUUCGAGACUUGUGACAGUGAGUAAAUUGAUCUCCCGAGAAUGAACGAUGUGAACGGAACUGUGCGUUGGCAGGGAAAAAUCAACGGACACAAAAUGUCGUGUUUGGAUACUUAAAUUGACACGAAAGGAUCCUCUCGAUUUGGAUUAAAAAAUAGUGUCGAGAGAGAUUGCAAGGAGAAUGAUUGGACAGGAGUUGGUACCGGCUAAGGAUCCCGCGGGAUGUAACGGAGGAUCCUAUGCUGAUGAUCCAAGAAAUUUUAGCGAGAUCGUAUAAGUAUAACGAUUAAGUGUUUAUAUAAUUAUCAAAGAAAUCAAAUCGAUUCGUCGAUCGAUAACGCAGAUCAAAGACAGUGAACCGAUAAAAGACAAUGAACGAUCCGAAGAAAAAAGAUACUUUGACCGAUAAUAUCGUAAAAAUGUAGAGUGAAACAAUUGUCAAGGUCGACGAAUCUCGGAUCAGUUCCUAAUCGAACUUUACCGAAUCGUCGACGAUAAAGUCAGACGUUCAAGAUGCUGGACAUAUUUCGUGGUUUAAAGAGCCUGAUCAAGAUCUCACACAUACACAUCGACACAGCCGUCUUUCGACUACAUUACAGCUUAACAGUGAUAAUUCUGAUAUCGUUUAGCUUGAUAGUCACAACGAGGCAAUACGUUGGCAAUCCGAUCGAUUGUAUACACAGUAAAGACCUCCCAGAGGAUGUGUUGAAUACUUACUGUUGGAUACACAGUACUUACACUAUCACUGCAGCAUACAGGAAAAGAGAAGGCUCGGAAGUACCUUUCCCAGGUGUCGAUAAUUCGAAAUUGUAUCCGGAAUCGGAGAGGAAGGAGUAUAGGUAUUAUCAGUGGGUCUGCUUCAUGCUGUUCCUUCAGGCGAUUCUCUUUUACACUCCGCGAUGGCUGUGGAAGGGUUGGGAGGGUGGGAAGAUUCACGCUCUCAUGAUGGAUCUCGACAUAGGUUUAUGUUCGGAAGUAGAAAAGAAACAAAAGAAGAAGAUGCUGCUCGACUACCUAUGGGAAAAUCUUCGUUAUCACAAUUGGUGGGCAUACAGGUACUACCUCUGCGAAGUUCUCGCUCUGCUGAAUGUGAUCGGUCAGAUGUUCUUGAUGAACCGUUUCUUCGACGGAGCCUUCCUGACUUUUGGCAUCGACGUACUUAGGUUCCUCGAGUCCGAUCAAGAGGACCGGGUCGAUCCAAUGAUCUACGUCUUUCCACGAAUGACCAAGUGCACCUUCUACAAAUACGGCGUGAGCGGUGAGGUCGAGAGACAUGACGCAGUUUGCAUAUUGCCAUUGAACGUCGUCAACGAGAAGAUCUACGUCUUCCUCUGGUUCUGGUUCCUUCUUCUCGGCAUAUUAAGCUUCAUAACGGUAUUAUACAGGAUCGUAAUCAUAUUUUCGCCGCGAACGAGGGUAUACCUACUGAGACUGAGAUUUCGUCUGGUUAGAAGAGAAGCCGUCGAGACGAUAGUACGACGUAGCAAGGUCGGCGAUUGGUUUCUCCUUUAUAUGCUAGGCGAAAACUUGGACACCGUAAUAUACAGGGACGUAAUGCACGAAUUGGCGAAUAAGCUUGCUUCGAGGCAUCAUCACGGCGUGCCGGGAGCGAAGGGAGAACUACAAGAAGCCUGAUCGAGGCUUCCUCGGAGGAUCGGAGGAUUCCAGCCGCGCCGAGGCUCCUGCGUAUCUUCUUGUCCUUCGGAAAAGACGUUCCAUCGUCGUCGUCGUCGUUGUCGUCGUCGUCGUUGUCGUCGUCGUCGUCAUCGUCGUCGUCGUCGUCGUCGUCGUUGCCGUCGUCGUCUUCAUCGUCGUCGUCGUCGUCGUUGUCCUCGUCGUUCUCGUUGUCGUCGUCGGUCCAGGCAAAGGAAGCUCGCGCAUAGUCGACAUAUCGAGGAGAACAAGGGGCAGAAGGUAGAAGAAGAAAAAGAAGAGGAGAAAGAAGCAGAAGAAGAAAAAGAAAAGAAGGAAGAAGAAGAAGAAGAAGAGGAAGAAAAAGA